CUGGCUCGAGUCUUCGGCACUGCCGCGCGCAUCCCCCCCCAUCUCUUUGACCGAGCUGCGGCCAGCCCGCCAGCAUGGCGUCGCCCCGCUCCGCCGUCCUGACCGCCUCCGUGCUGCUCGCGUGCACCGCCCUGAUGGCCGCCUUCGUGCCCUCGCCCGUGGCGCCCCGCCCCGCGGCGCAGGCCGGGCCUGCCGCAGCGCUCGGCGCGGCGGCGGUCGCGGCGCCCUCCGCGGCCUACGCGGCGGAGGGCUCGAGCGUGUGGAUCCCCGCGCUGUCUGCCGUGGGCGCGGGGUUCGCCAUCGGCCUCGCCGCCAUCGGGUCGGGCGUCGGUCAGGGCAUCGCCUCCGGCCGCUGCAUCGACGGCAUCAGCCGCCAGCCCGAGGUCGCGGACGACCUCCGCGGCGUGCUGCUCCUGUCCCUCGCCUUCAUGGAGUCGCUGACGAUCUACGGGCUCGUCAUUGCGCUGGUGCUGCUCUUCGCCAACCCGCUGAUCAAGUAGGGCCGAGGCUCCAGGAUCGGAGGUCGGACCAGUUUGAUAAGAUUCCGCGCGUGAGGGGGGAACAUGAAAAACAUCGUUACGCUACCGAGGAGUCCCACAAGCUUCGCUGAAGCCCUUGUCUUAGCAUAGCUGACUUGCAACAUACGUGGAUGAUGCUGGGUGGUCAAGAGAGUGUCACGCUUGUUGUGCCGUGGAUGAGUAGGAGGUGUUUAUGGGGCGCGGGGACCGACGGUGGCGGGUCAGUGUGCCGUUGCGGGGGCGUCUCCUCGGGCUUCCUCGGGUCAGUGUGCCGCUGCGGAGGGCGGGUGCGCCGCCCCGUGCUCGCGAUGCCACGGACGCGUCUCGCGCGGAACAUCUGCAACGCGCGGCCUUGUGCAUCCUCCUCCUCCUCCUCCUCCUCC